AUGUUCCGUGGUGGAAGUCUCAUGUGCCUCUAUUGGAUCAGGUCAUGCCGACUGCCUGGUUAUAGCAUCCGGUCUUCGCGUCCUUUAUCCUCAUUGAAUGGAUUUACUCUUGAGCUCCUAAAAGUGUCGCACUUACGCGCACACACGGCAUCCGUCAGCUCUGCUGCUGCGAGGAAUAGCUUGUUCACUGGCACUGGACGCUUAAGCACACUGGGGUGGCUCUGGAGGUCAUUGUUGUUAACGUGCUUGAUUGUCCCCAGGAGGAGCAGGAGGAUCUACAGGGGAACCUCUCCACAAAUUGCCAUGCCUCAGACCAAGUCAGACAUGGGCUCUGCCUUCAUCCAGACUCAGCAGCUCAAUGCUGCCACGGCCGACACUUUCCUGGAACACAUGUGCCUGCUGGACAUCGACUCUGAGCCCACCACUGCACGCAACACUGGCAUCAUCUGCACCAUAGGGCCAGUCUCUCGUUCAGUGGACAUGCUGAAGGAGAUGAUCAAAUCUGGAAUGAACAUUGCUCGUAUGAACUUCUCGCACGGCUCACAUGAGUAUCAUGGAGAGACCAUCAAGAAUGUGCGUGAGGCCUGUGAGAGCUUCGGGCCUGGCAGCAUUCAGUACAGGCCCAUCGGUAUUGCCCUGGACACCAAGGGCCCAGAAAUCAGGACUGGCCUCAUUCGGGGAAGUGGCACCGCUGAGGUGGAGCUGAAUAAAGGUAGCAUGAUCAAGAUUACCAUGGAUGACGCUUACCAGGAAAACUGCAGCGAUGAGAUCCUGUGGCUCGACUACAAGAACAUUACUAAAGUAGUGGAAAUUGGCAGCAAGAUCUACAUUGAUGACGGACUCAUUUCCUUACAGGUCAAGGAGAUUGGGUCUGAUUACCUGAUGUGCGAGAUUGAGAAUGGUGGCAGCCUGGGCAGCAAGAAGGGUGUGAACCUCCCCGGUGCCGCUGUGGAUCUGCCCGCCGUGUCAGAUAAGGACAUCAAAGACCUGCAGUUCGGUGUUGAGCAGGGAGUCGACAUGGUCUUUGCAUCCUUCAUUCGCAAAGCGGCAGACGUACACGCUGUCAGAGCAGUGCUGGGAGAGAAAGGCAAAAACAUCAAGAUCAUCAGCAAACUGGAAAACCACGAGGGUGUCCGCAGAUUUGAUGAAAUCAUGGAAGCUAGCGAUGGCAUCAUGGUUGCACGUGGCGACUUGGGUAUUGAGAUCCCAACAGAAAAGGUCUUUCUGGCCCAGAAGAUGAUGAUUGGUCGCUGCAACAGAGCUGGCAAGCCAAUCACAUGUGCCACUCAGAUGUUGGAGAGCAUGAUCAAGAAACCCAGGCCGACCCGUGCUGAGGGUAGUGACGUAGCCAAUGCUGUCCUGGAUGGGGCUGACUGUAUCAUGCUGAGCGGGGAAACUGCCAAGGGAGAGUACCCUCUUGAGGCCGUGCGCACACAGCACAUGAUUGCUCGUGAAGCAGAGGCAGCCAUGUUCCACCGGCAGGUGUUUGAGGACCUGCGUCGUUCCACGCCGCACUGCAAAGACCCCGCAGAGGCCAUUGCAAUCGGCGCUGUCGAGGCUUCCUUUAAGAGCUUAGCCUCUGCGAUCAUUGUGCUCACAGGCUCUGGAAGUAACCACAGGCCCACCCUUCCAUUCGGGGCCCAGAUAGCCCGUGAGGCCGAAGCAGCCACCUUCCACAGACAGCUAUUCGAGGAGCUGCGGAGACACUCCCGCCUGAGCAGAGACCCCUCCGAGGCUGUGGCUGUUGGAGCUGUGGAGUCGUCCUACAAAUGCUGCGCUAGUGCCAUCAUUGUUCUGACUAAGACUGGGAGGUCUGCUCACCUGAUCUCCAGGUACAGGCCGCGGGCCCCCAUCCUGGCCGUAACCCGUAACGCCCAGACGGCGCGCCAAGCCCACCUGUACCGCGGCAUCUUUCCCGUGCUGUACACCACACCCGCCAACGACGUGUGGGCAGAGGACGUCGACAUGCGCGUCAACUUCGCAAUGGAAAUGGGCAAGGCCAGAGGCUUCUUCAAGGAGGGUGACGUUGUCAUCGUGCUGACCGGCUGGCGUCCUGGCUCUGGCUACACUAACACCAUGCGUGUGGUUGUGGUGGCCUGA